ACCUGCGCGCGCCGGGGCCAUCAGCCGGGGUUACCUGACGGAAGCGAGUCUUUCUAACUCCGGUUAAUCAACAAAAUAGCUAGUUAUAAUUAGCUUUACUUCAUUUAAACGCGGAAGUUUAAACGCUUGUCUAAAUAUUAACGAUUUGUUUAAAAAACAAACUUUAUAUUUGGCGCGGCAUUAAAAAUGGCAACGGCUGGGAGGUUGCGAAAGUCGACGAAACCCGACAUUACAGUGCAGUGGACAGGUUUGUUUAGCAACGACCUCAAGACGCAGGAGCAUUCCCUGGUGUUUGUGAAGAGGAUGAUGGCGCUCGCCGUGUCCUCCAUAACCUACCUCCGCGGUAUAUUUCCGGAGGAUGCAUACAGGUCUCGUUACCUGGAAGAUUUAUGUAUUAAACUCAUAAGAGAAGAUAGCCCAUCGCCCGCUGCUUCGAAAAUCGUCAAAUGGAUGAUGGGGUGCUUUGAUGCUUUAGAAAAAGGAUAUCUCCAGAUCGUAUUGAUUGGGGUGUAUACAGCUCCAGGUGACCCAAAUCAUAUCAUUGAGUCAUACCAGUUUAAAUUCAGACACACAGCAAAAGGACCGCAGAUGGAUAUUCUCAGAAAUGAAAGUGUCGAGAGGCAGAUUACAAUAGCAGACACUAAGCAGGCCUCUAUGGUCCUCAUCCGGAAGCUGUUUCUUCUCAUGCAGAACCUGGACAUCCUCCCUAAUGAUGUCUUUCUUACAAUGAAAUUGUACUAUUAUGAUGAUGUGACUCCCCCAAAUUACGAGCCACCUGGGUUCAGGGAAGGUUUGUGUGACAGUCUAUGGUUUGAGGGAACAGCAGUCCACUUCAGAGUGGGAGAUGUGCAGACUCCCUUCCACAGCAUGAAGGUUCAGGUUGCUGUCGAGCAAGGUCGAGUGGAGAGUCUGCAGAAAUGGAACUGCCAGCAUGAGACAACCCAGAGCUUACAAAUGGCUUUCUGUAGUACAGGCCCUGGGGGAUGUAACGACAAAGACCAAGCCUCUGAUGAUGGGUCUGCAGACUUCAAGAAACCUAGCAAAGCCAAGAGAAAGAAGAAAUCCACGACCAAGAAGCUUGCUAGGAAGAAAGUGAAAAUGGACCGAACACAGUAGUUCAAAAUAACCCAAAGAGGGGAAAGACUCAUCUUUAAGGAGGAAUGUCCUGCUUUUCUUUAAACACUGAUAUGGAACAAAUGCAGGUUCAAUAGUAUAAAGCUGCUUCAUGAGCAAAAAGGUAUGUGCAAGAUUUAGAGUUGACUUAGACUUAGACUGCACUAGAUUGCAAACUGUUUGUUGUUUUGUCGUUUUUGAUUUUUGCCAUUUAUGUUAGAAGUCACUAGAGUAUACAAAAUUGAGAAUUACUCAACACACAAUCGGUCGAUAAUGUAAAAAGUUAUAUUUUACAAAUGUGUCCCAUUUUAUACAAAGGAUUGCAGUAAACAAUGUUUUAGUUUAAAUAAAUUUUAUUUUUAGAUUGCA